AUGAUAGAACAGAUUAAUAAGUUGUUUGUUCAUGUCAUAAUCCAAAAAUAUGAGACUACUCAUAUUCUAGAACUCCUUCCACAUAGAGCUGAAGAUAAAGGAAAGAACAAAUCUACUGUAAGAGGACAAGAAGUUGAGGAAAACAAAAGAGAUCCAAUGGAUUUGAAGAAAGGUAAAACGUCAAUGGUUCGAAAGCUGAAAGCAAAGGAGAGGAAGAGGAAAAGGGAUGCAAACUAUGAGUACAGCUUGAAGAAAAAAACUAAGGAACUCAUGGAAACAUCCAAUGACAUUAUCACCAUUGUUGAUUCAUCAAGGAAGACAAGAGAGAGGCAAGAGAAAGAAAAAGCUGAAGAUAAAGGAAAGAACAAAUCUACUGUAAGAGGACAAGAAGUUGAGGAAAACAAAAGAGAUCCAAUGGAUUUGAAGAAAGGUAAAACGUCAAUGGUUCGAAAGCUGAAAGCAAAGGAGAGGAAGAGGAAAAGGGAUGCAAACUAUGAGUACAGCUUGAAGAAAAAAACUAAGGAACUCAUGGAAACAUCCAAUGACAUUAUCACCAUUGUUGAUUCAUCAAGGAAGACAAGAGAGAGGCAAGAGAAAGAAAAGUAUGAAAGAGAGAUGAAAAGGUUGUGGAAAGUUUGUCAGUCAAUAGAUCCAUCCAUAUACAAAAAAUUAAGACAAAAGGAAUAA